AGGAUGUGUGUGUGUGUGUGAAGCAGUAGGGUAGCUCCAACGUUCAUGAAUUCACCAACGGGUGAAGUGAAGAGUGCAAACAACAACAAAGACAAGAAACAAACUAUUUUGCUCAACCCGAAGAGCCAAAUAAACAAAUAAUUAUAUAAUGCAUAUAUAGCUCUCUCUUGGUUCCAGUUCUCCGCCUUGGCUCCUUUCCCUUGGCUUCUUCCCUUCUCCUCCUCGAUACCCACCUCCAUUUCUCUUUCUCUCUAUCUCUAUAUCUACAAGUCAAAACCCUUCUUUUUCUCUCCCUUCAAAUACCCACAAACCCACCAUCUCUCUCUCUCUCUCUCUCUCUCUCUCUCUGUGUGUGUGAAGCUCGUGAAAAUGGCGGAUGGUGUAGAGAAGAGGCCCAGGUUCUGCAUCAACGACCAUAUGGACAUUCUGAUUGAGAUUCUGCAGCGCCUCGACGGCCGGUCGCUCGGCGCGGCGGCGUGCGUGUGCCGGCUCUGGCGCUCCAUCGCCCGGAACGACUGGCUCUGGGAGCACCUCUGCUUCCGCCACGUGUCGCCGCCUCCAGCGGCGGGGGUGCGGCCGGUGGUGGCCGCUCUCGGAGGGUACCGCCGGCUCUACAUGGUCUGCGUCCGCCCCGUCCUCAGCCGGCUCUCCGGCGUGAAGAGGCUCAGGUUGGGCCCCGGCGCCGGCGGGGAGGUGGCGCCGAGGCGGGCGUGGAGCCGGCACGAGGUUGAGCUUUCGCUGUCGCUGUUUUGUAUCGAUUAUUACGAGCGGCUCGGCGGCGGCGGGGGCCGGCUCGGCGACGCGUCCGCAUCGUCUCUGAUGUUCCUGUGCAAGCCCGUGAACGUCUGAUUUAUCGGCGAUGAUGUGAUAACGGAAACUGAUAAGUGAUAAGGCAGUGAACGGCCGCUUUCGGUGGUGUACUGAAUAACUAGAGUCUAGAUUCUAGGCUAUAUAUAUAUAUAUGUAUGUAUCUGUAGCCAAAUGUAGCAGAAAUAUUCUUUUUGUUUUUCCUAUUUCCUAUUAUUACUAUUGUUAUUUUUUUCAGUGGCAUUGCUCUCUCUUAUUUCCAUUUUGUGGGUACAUUUCUCUCUAUUAUUUCUCUAAUGUGUUCAAUUUCAAAUGAUAAUGCUACAUUAAUGCAAGAGUUGUAUA